ACAAGUGCGUCACUCCUCCGCCCAGCGCCUCCCGCCAUUUGCAAGCGUCUCGCACGUUCCUGUCUGGCUGUGAUAUAUAGUAUACAAGGUGGAGGGGGGCGAGGAUGGGGGCAGAUCAGCAGUUUUGCCUCCGAUGGAACAAUUUUCACACUAACAUUACCUCAGCAUUCGAGUCCUUGAGAGAUGACGAGGACUUUGUCGAUAUCACACUUGCCUGCGAGGGCAGACAGAUAAAAGCACACAAAAUGGUCCUUAGUGCCUGUAGUCCUUACUUCAGAAGUUUGCUAAAAGGUAACCCAUGUCAGCACCCUAUAGUAUUUCUUAAAGAUGUGACCUUUGCCAAUCUGACUUCAAUAUUGGACUUCAUGUAUCAUGGAGAAGUCAAUGUAUCACACAAUGAGCUGGCAACUUUCCUAAAGACUGCUGAAGCACUCAAAGUUAGAGGACUUGCAGAAGAUGAAAAAAAGAAAGAUGCUGAAAAUUACAAUGAAUCCAGCUCGCCUCCCCCACCUAGAGACCCUCCUGACCCCGGGUCGCCUCGGCCCGAAGAGGGCAGUAGUGCUCCUGAUACACACCUCAGUGACUCACCCCCACCUAAACGACAGAGACGGCGGUCGGGGGCCUCUUUACACUCUGCAGAAGACACAAACGAAACGGUGCUAAGUGAAGCCAGGGACAGUAGUGUGAAAAAUGAGCCUCAGGACUUUAAUGAGGAAGAAGAUAUGUUAAGUCAGAGUGUGGAGCAAGAUUUAAUAAAGACAGAUAUAGACGACAGUGAGGAACGAAGCUUUGGUCCUUCUGAAUCCGUAACAAUCAGCAGGAGCCAGGCAGCUAUGCAGCAAUUACAAGAAUCCUUUGGGUCGUUCCUGCCGGGUAUGGGCCAGAGUCCGGGCUUCCUCCCUCAAGGUGCUACUGACAUGCCAAGACCUCCACCCUACCCAUUGGAGGGAGUUCAAGGUAAGCACCAAAUUAAUAUUUCUAAUUAUUAUAGGAAGACCAGCAUUCUGUACACGCCAGCUGAGUGUCCUCUAUGUAAACGAAGAUUCUUCAAUAAGUACUCAGCCAAAAGACACAUGAUACAGGCGCACGGCGAGAACCUUUUUCACACCCGUCCCUACGCCCGGGCCGACCCCAGCUGUACCUCCACCUUCAGUGCUGCGCUGCAGGCCAUGGGCGUAGGCGGCCCGGGGAGGUCGUGGUCGUGUGGGCCCCCAGAGCUGACGCCCGGCCCACUUCUCCCCUCCGGAGACCCAGCCGGGGGGCGUCUCCCAGGGGCCCUCACACACCCGACACCUACUGCCGCCCCUGCCGCGGGCGUCACCCACACACCCACAGUCUCUGACCACAUUAACGUCAUCCAAGUGCCUGCGCCCACCUCGGUGGCCAAUCAGGGCGGAGGCUUCACCAUGUGUGUGUGCCCACACUGUGGCAAGUGCCUGAGGGAUAAGUACAAAGUGCGGCGACACAUUGAGGACGUGCACACGCCAUCCUCUCACAGCCACCAGUGCACCCUCUGCCAACGUCACUACAAGACCCGCAACACCCUACAGAACCACAUGAGCAUCUACCACAGUUUGGUGCCUGGUGUGUUUGUGUUGUCUGUUGAUGACGUAAGUACUGGGUGUAUUCAAGAAGUAAAGGAAGAGCGCUUACGGCGUGUUGUCUUUGUUGCAGGGGCGCGGGCGUGGGUGGUGGGCGGGGGUGGGGCGGUGUCGUGCCCGGUGUGUGGGAAACGGCUCAGCAACAAGUACAACCUGCGUAUCCACGUGAGAGACAAACACGAGACGCAGGAAGGUUCCCGCCCCACUUGUGCCACCUGCUGCCGUACCUUCAAGAACGCCAACAGCCUCCGAGUGCACGCCAUCAAGCAGCACGGCCUCGUCAGCAACAGGCGCAGACUCAGAGCCAUCUACCACAACAGUGUGGCGGGCCUUCCUGCACCCUCGUCCACCACCUCACCUGUCUCCCAUACUCUCUCUCACCUCUCCACCACCGCCUCCAUCACACCCCACUACAUAGACCACUACUCUCAUGUAGCCAACACUCACGCCAUGGGCCACACCCACCAUGGAGACCGCCCACGCCUCGGUCUCUGUGAGGAUGGCCAGGAGGCCUACACCUCCUUGAUUGGCUCCUCUCACACUACAUCAGGGAUGGGCGCCCCUCACACCUCCCCAGGGGAUGGCUCACACCCGUCCCCUGCGCUGCCACCCACCUGCACGGUGCUGCCAGGCUCACUCGCCCUCCCUCACCCCAGCUGUUUUCUUCGUGUUGCAGGUGAAGGCGAGGAGGCCAAUGUGUGCAGGUUUUGCGGCAAGGUCUGCAGCAAUCGCUACAAUCUCAAGAAGCACGAGCGAGACAUGCACUUGAACCGAGGAGCCAAGUUUGUAUGUGACCUCUGCAACCGCCAGUACAGCUCUCUCAACAGUCUGCAAGUCCACCGCAGCAACUCCCACCCUACUGGCGUCGUCCGCAGGCGAAUCUCAUUGAGUUCCUUGCACCUCGGUAUUUCUCCGCAGCAUCAGCAGCAACAACAACAACCACAGCAACCACAGCAACAACAACCACAGCAGCAGCAGCAGCAACAACAACAACAACCACCACAGCAGCAGCAACAGCAGCAGCAACAACAACAGCAGCAGCAACAACAACCACAGUCACAAUUGCUGCAGCACCUACACUUGCAGCAACCCUCACAGAUCAAGUAUCACCCUGAGGAAUAUCAUCCUGUGAUGGGAAGGGAAGAUGUCCAGCCCCAACCCGCAUAUGAGGCGGAAGGCGGCGACCCGUCCGAUGCUGCUGCCAUCGCCGCCCUCUUCAGAAAGACUCUUAGGACUUAGCUGGGCAAUGUGGUGGCCUGGCGGCGGUGAGCGUGACCCAGCCCACGGGCACACACGCACCUUCAGCCCCUGCCCUCACCCAGGGUACAUGGGAGCACUAGGGAGCACUAGUGGGGGUGAGUGUGGGCCUGCCCAUGGCCACCUCUCCCAUACACUUCUCACCUGGGGGGGGUUCCCACCCCCCUCUACCUUCUCCCUGGACUCAAAUGUUGUCCGCUUAAUCACAAAACAAAAAUAUUUUUUUCAAUGUUUGAUCAAAAUUAUGUUUUGCGUGUUUUGUGUGUGUGUGUGUAUGUGUGUUUGUGUGUGGAUAAGUAAAGCGCUUGGCUUAGUGGAGUGACCCCCGACGGGCCUAGUACCAUCAUCAGUAUCAGUCAUUCUUCGCUUGGAAUUCAUCAUAUUUGUUUCGGAGGGGAAAAAGUAUCCCAGAUUUAAUUCAAAAUAUUAUAAUUUCCCAGAGAACAUUAUGUUGAGUGAGGUGACGUAGCAGAGAACAGUAUGUUUAGAAACAUUAGCAUGUUACACGAUUACUGGCUACUCAUGCCCGUGCCAACCUCUUGGGAUGGCAAUCUCUUCAUCAAUCAAUCAAUGUGGUACACGAGCCGCGCCGCUUGUGUCUGUCAAGCAUGUACUCUUCUCGCCUCACCAUGCAUUUAUCUCAUAUAUUUAACUCAUACACUCUUAUUGAUGUAUUUAACUCAAAUACUUAUUUUUAUACCACUGGCUAAUAUUAAGGGCAUGAUUUGUAGUGGUGUAUAUUUCAUAAUGAAUAUAGUUUUUCCGGUCAAUUUGUGUUGGUUUUGCUUUUGAAUUGUAAGAUAAUGGGGAUGGGAGUUGUGGUGUGAGAGCGUUGCCUCCCGGCGUCUCUCAACUGAUGGUCGGCUGUUUCAGGCGGAGGGCUCGGCCUGCAGGCGGCGGUAGGCAGUGGGCAGUAUAGUGUUGGGUCGUCAGUGUGCCACCUACCCACCAACCCACCAUCCUCCGCCCACGCUGACUAUGGUGGGUCUCCUCUCGCCGCCCCUGGUCCGCCCCCUCCCCUUGAGAGUGUGUCGCCCCAAGUCAGCUUCAGUAGCGACACCUCGGCCGCCGCAGCCACCACCCUCACCGCCCUGGCCUACACCCCGCCCAGCGCCCGCACCCGGCCCCCCACCGGGGAGGAGGUGGUGUGUGGUGUAUGCGGGAAGCUGCUGUGCAACAAGUACGUACUCAAGACUCACUUGCGGGACAUGCACGGGCCCCGCCAGAGCCACCAGUGUCCCGUUUGUCACCGUAUGUACGCUUCUCUCAACUCUCUCCGGGCACACAUGAGCGGUACGCAUAAGAAGCCUCAACUACACCUCCACCAACAACAACAACAACAACAGCAGCAACAACAGCAAUCACAGCAGCAGCAGCAGCAACCACCUCCACCACCACCACCACCACUACGGUUCUAGGUUUCCUCUCUCACUCUCACAUACACAACACCAUGACAGCUGAGCAUGUCAUGUUUCCUCCACAAGCAGCACCUGUGGCCGCUAUCUUGCCAGGCACGGGAGCUCAGCGCUAGUGGUGGGGCGCGCCUACACCCACCCACUCUUGUAAUAUGUUAAUGUGUGUAUGGUGGAGGCAGGAGCAACUAUGCAGCCCGUCCCCAUAUAGGGCAAGUGUUCCUGUGUGCAACAUUUUAACAUAAACAAGGGUGCAUCUCUGCGCUUGCCAGACACACUUUUUUUUAACGAAAAAAAUAUUUCAGUUUAUGAUUAUUAUCUCAGAUGUGAGCAGUAGUUGUCCUAUGAAAUAAUGCACAUUUAUUUUAGUAGUAAGUUGCUGACUAAAUAAUUCCAGCAAAAAUACAGUAGAAGCAUGGGAAGAAAUCAAAGUUCCUUAAUUCUUACAUGUUACUCUUGUAUCUUUUUAUACCAUUGAGCAAAUAAGGCAGUGCUAUGAUACCUUAAAGAGUCGAGUGAGAUGGCGUUCUCACCAGCUAGGUAUGUAGCACCAUGAUGACUGUACAGCCCUUCCUGCUCCCCCCCCCCUCCCUAACCUUGUCUGUAUGUAUGUAUGUCUAUGCAUGUCUGUUGAACGGACCCUCACGCAGCCGUGUCUAAGAGCUGAACCCGUGACUUGUACCCAACAGUGAAGAGAGACAGAUGCCUACCUGGGCUCUAUAUCUCCCACGUAGGUAAGUUUUAGUUUUUAUUACUCGGGUACAGCUGUGGGCGGACCUAGGCUGUGGGUUAGACCUUUCAGCAGCAUUGAUCAAUAAACUUUCCUUCAACGCGACCCGAAACACCCGGAUGUUGCAUGUGAAGCAGUGAAAGGUGGGAGGGGGAGGGGGCGACCAGCAUUAUACUACUGACUGAUGAGGGUUAUGGUAGAACGGGUGUGUGUUGGGGGUUGUCAAGGGCCUCCCAUCUCGCCGGCACUAUACGCGAUGGUGGAUGUAAUAUGGUGGUGGCAAUGGUACCAGGCUACUUCCCCCUUGCCACUGGUAGGUAAGCACCACCACCACUAGCAGGUGUAUGGUGGUAAUGGUAGUUUUUGACCACAGUGUAGUGCCGUCGUUGCCAAGAGUUUAGUGGUUGCUCCAGACCGCUGCAUUGUACCACCAUUACCAGGUGUGUGGUGGUAGUGCUAACUCCUGACCACUGCAUAGUACGUGGUACCAAGCAACAGCCUGGUGGACCAAACACUCACAAGUCAAGCCUGGCCUCGGGCCGGGCUUGGGGAGUAGAAGAACUCCCAGAACCCCAUCAACCAUUUAUCACUUCCAGGUAUAUGGUGGUAAUGGUAAUUCUUGACCAUUGCAUAGUUCCACCGCCAUUACUAAGUGUGUGGUGGUAGUGGUAGCUCUUGACCACUGCAUAGUACCACCACCACUACCAGGUGAGUGGUGGUAGCGUGGACCACCACCGCUUGCCAGCCUUCUUCAAGGUUCCUGGAAACACCUCCAUUAUCCUAGUCUAUAAUACAGUAAUUUGUAAUUGUCGUAGUAGUUAAAAUGGGAUUUAAUUUCCAGCAAUCAAAUUCUGAUCCUUGUGUAAAUGUUGAUGACCUGUUACACAGACGUGAGAGUGUAGUGUAUGUGUGUGGAGUGGAGAUGUCCUGGUAUGUCUGACAGUGUUAUGGUAGACCAUGUGUGAGUGUGUGUGUAGUCCUCGAGGGAAAUAUACCCCCCACCACCACCACCCACUUCUCUAUGUAUAUUCACUGGGACUUGACUUUAUUUAUGAGGUGUAGGGAGUGGUGGCCUUAAUCCUCCUCGAGGUGGCUAGGCUCUGAGCUUAAAGAUGUAAGCCAAGACUCCUUACCCUGGGGUAUAUCUGGCCUCGUUACCCUGGGGUAUAUCUGGCCUCGUUAACCUGGAGUAUAUCUGGCCUCGUUACCCUGGGGUAUAUCUGGCCUCGUUACCCUGGAGUAUAUCUGGCCUCGUUACCCUGGGGUAUAUCUGGCCUCGUUACCCUGGGGUAUAUCUGGCCUCGUUACCCUGGGGUAUAUCUGGCCUCGUUACCCUGGGGUAUAUCUGGCCUCAUUACCCUGGAGUAUAUCUGGCCUCGUUACCCUGGGGUAUAUCUGGCCUCCUUACCCUGGGGUAUAUCCGGCCUCGUUACCCCUGGGGUAUAUCCGGCCUCGUUACCCCUGGGGUAUAUCCGGCCUCGUUACCCUGGGUAUAUUUGGCCUCCUUACCCUGGGUAUAUCCGGCCUCGUUACCCUGGGUAUAUCUGACCAUACCCUGGGUAUAUCCGGCCUCGUUACCCCUGGGGUAUAUCCGGCCUCGUUACCCCUGGGGUAUAUCCGGCCUCGUUACCCCUGGGGUAUAUCCGGCCUCGUUACCCCUGGGGUAUAUCCGGCCUCGUUACCCCUGGGGUAUAUCCGGCCUCGUUACCCCUGGGGUAUAUCCGGCCUCGUUACCCCUGGGGUAUAUCCGGCCUCGUUACCCCUGGGGUAUAUCCGGCCUCGUUACCCCUGGGGUAUAUCCGGCAAGACGUCUCUGCUGUGGAGGCCCGCACUCUCAGCUCAGCAUCAAAACACUUAUAAUGUGCACGGAGUUUUGUGUUAGUGGUGUAGGAAUGUCUUGCGCUAAGUGCCAAACCACUUGUAUAUUAUUUUAUAUGGAAAUAAAAAUACCCAAUAUCUUA